ACUGUUAAGAGCGUAAAAUACACAAAGUAUUUGUAUAAAAGCCGCUAAGAACAUGCGAAAGAAAUUAACAACAUGCCAACAUGCGAAAGAAAUUAACAGUUUGUAUAAAACCUCGACAAACUGUUAACAACAUGCCAGAAGAGCUGUUGUUUCUUCCGGGGAAGAAAGAAGAUAAAGGCCAUGGGAAUAUGCGUGUUCGUCAACUUGCUCACAAGUAUCGAAGGAAGAAGAAGCUUAUUAUUAUUAUCGGGUUUAAGUGAUGUUAUCGCGCAUCAAAAUCCGGGGAGGAGAUAUGCUUCUUCAUCAGCAAAAUGGGAGCACAAAAGGAGUUGUAAGCAGAACAAGCAGCAAGGAACAACCAGGGACAACACUAGCGAGUUGGAAGACAAAUUUCGUAAACUUCCUGGAAGGAGGACAGUGAAUGGGACUACAGGUCUUGCUUCGCUGUGGUCCAAGAAGGGCACAAAAGGAACUAACCAGGAUGCCAUGAUUGUUUGGGAGAAUUUGGCUUCCAGACCAGGUACAAUCUUCUGUGGUGUUUUUGAUGGACAUGGUCGAUAUGGCCACAUGGUGUCAAAAAGAGUCAGAGACUUUCCAUUAAAAAACUUCUCCCAGUACUGGGCUAUGGUAGAAAAUGACCAAAUUUCACAACUAAAAGGGUCGUUUCUCAAGGCUUUCGAGGUUAUGGAUAGGGAAUUGAGGACGGUACACCCGGAAUUGAUCGACUGUUUCGACAGUGGAACUACAGCAGUUGCUAUGAUCAGGCAAGGUCAACAUCUUGUCAUUGGUAACCUCGGAGAUUCGAGAGCAGUACUGGGGACGAGAGAUCAAAAUGAUUCACUCAUUGCAGUGCAGUUGACUAAGGACUUGAAGCCAAAUCUCCCCGGGGAAGCUAAGAGGAUCAGGGGACGUAGAGGGAGGGUCUUCGCGCUCAAGGGUGAUGUUGCUCGAGUUUGGUUGCCAAAUAAAGAUGCUCCUGGCCUGGCAGUGUCUCGUGCUUUUGGCGAUUUUUGCCUGAACAAGUGUGGUGUAAUUUCUGUGCCUGAUGUUUAUUACAGACCUCUUACUGACAAGGAUGAAUUUUUAGUGUUGGCUACAGAUGGGAUAUGGGAUGCGUUAUCCAAUAAACAAGUGGUAAACAUAGUGAGAUCUGCUCCUGCAGAGGCCUCUGAAGCUCAGGCAUUGGUAGAGGCAGCAGUGAGAGCUUGGAAAAUCAAGUACCCAACCUCUAAAGUGGAUGACUGUACUGCUGUAGUUUGUCAUUUUCGCGACUCCUGUACCUCUAGUGCUUCCUCCAGCACCAGCCCACCAGCCAGUGCCUCCAUUUCUAAUAUCCAGGAUGCAACAAGCACCACUAGAUCAGGCAAGGAAGAGGAAGAUAAAGAGCAAUGGCCGUGACCGGCCUAAUUACUGUCGCAUUUCUGAUUACAAGCCGGAGUGUUUAGCUGGAUAUAUGAAGCACAAAUAAAACAUUUAGGAGAUCCAUAUCAUUUAUUUGAAAUAUAAAUUUACAUCCGAUUAACUGAACAAAUUCACAUUAUUUCUCAAUGUUAUAUGAAUUACAAUGGGUAAAAAAGAAAGAAGACUAUUAAACAAAUUCACAAAUUGUUUGCAGUUCAUGUUUGUUACAUGGUCCAA